AUGGCUCGGAGCACGUUCUUCGUCAAGUUCCUGUCACUUCUGGCCUUUGCCAUUCCCGUGUUCUCGCAGAUCGGAUAUAAUGAGAACAGUAACACCCUUCUGUGCUCUAAGCCUGGUGGGGUCUACUGCGUUCAUAGAUCGCUAGCCGGAUCAACAACCAUAUCCUGUGUGGGACCCACGACCGCGGAGAUCCGAUCUUGCAGUAUUGAACUGUCUGAUAUACUUCCGAAGGAACUUGCUGAAUUGGCUGUUUGCUACGAAUCCGACCCCACUGCCGGCGACGCCGUCUGUGCAGUCAACGGAACAGGCUUUACUCUCUCCCACCGCACGACCAUAGCCGUACCAGAGACAAUCCUCUGCGACUCUCCAUCCCCCGAGAAAUACAGCAGUCCUUACCAAGGAAUCCUUCACCAGGAAAUAAACAGUAAACCCCCAGCACAGCCUCGAUUCACGCCCAUCCCGCUUCCGCCGCCCGUGACGCUCGGCGACGUUCCUGCUCGAGAGACCGUGCAUGCAGAGCCAGUGGUUCCUUGUUCGGAUCCCUGGUAUCAAAUUCUUGGCCGGGCGCGUGUGUCCCACGGCUUGUUGCCGGUUUAUCUUGCGUCGAGUGUGACGGCGCCCGUCUCUGCUGCGUCGACUGGUUUUCUUGGCUACAAUAAUGCGCAGGCUAGUUCUGGAAGUUCGCGUCUUGGGGCUUCUGCUAGUGCUGCCGAUGAAGUGCAGGGUGACAUCCAGGGAUUGACACGCCUCCAAGCGCGAAACCAGCCCACCGAGUCGAAGGAGCGUCUCAAACACCACCUCACAACAGCCACCAUGCACCUCCCACAGAACCUGCUCCCAGCGUGCAUAGCAAGCCUCCUCCUGCUCGCCCGCCCAACACAAGCCGGCGUAGCUUUCAAAAACCUAGGCACCAACACAGGCUGGGAUGGCACAAAUGAAGAAAACAAAGGCACAGUCGAAGUCGACACCAAAAUCUUCUACAGCGAGCCAAGCUCUCUCAAAAUGACACAAGUCUUCGACGCAGACUACGACGGGCGAUACCAUUCAGAGGUAUACAAGGAAAAUGUCUACAAGCUGGGCGACUCGGGCGCAUACGGCUUCCGCUUCCGACUAGACGAGUCGUGGGAAUUCGCCGACGGCCAGUCUUACAACCUGGCGCAGUUCAUCGCGAACUUCAAAGGCUCGGGCUGCGACGACUACGUGCCGACGACGAUGGUCGGGCUGAAGGGGAGCAGGCUUUACACGCGUCUUAAGACGGGGGGUGCCUGUGAUGCGGACCUCAAGGGCUUUGAUGACUUGCCGGAGGUUACUGCUGGCGAGUGGCACCAGGUGAUUCUGCAGGCGGACUGGCGCAAUGAUGAUACUGGGUCCUAUGUGGUGUGGUAUGAUGGCAGGAAGGUGGUGGAUGAGCAGAAUCUCGCUACGACUGUUGAUGAGGAUGAGGCGUUGCAGUUCCGGGUCGGCCUGUAUGCGAAUGGGUGGCAUGACGAUGAUGGGAUGAAGGGGUCGCAGGGUACGAGGACCGUUUGGUAUGAUGAUAUUGCUGUGGGUUCGACCCUUCAGGAUGUGAAUACGGGUGGUUCUGGCGGUUCGAAUGGUUCUGGUAGUUCGAAUGGUUCCGGUGGUUCGAAUGGUUCUAGUGGUUCGAAUGGCUCAGGAGGUUCAAAUGGCCGCAAGGGUACUUGUACUCGCCGUCGUAAGCAGCGGAGGUCGAACAAGGCGAAACGUCCCAGGAACCGCCGUUCUUCGGGAUAG